AACAAUUCAGCAAAAGGGUCAAUAGAUAAGGUCCUGUAUAAAACUUCAUUCAAUUGUAAGGAAUAGUUUAAUUCGAUUAGAUCCUAUUAAAAUGCUAACGUUCUAUCUAACGUUGCUUCUAGCGGUAGCCGCGGUCUCGCGUGCGACGUUAGACUGUUCCAAAACGUUUCCGUACUCAGGUCUUACGUCUCGGUAUAACGAAACAAUUGCCCAUGCUAUACAUUCCAUGACAGUGAGAGGACUUAAACUAUUCAAUGACAGAGCAUCAGCGAAGAACUUCGUCCCGACGGUGAACCAGGAUCUAAGCCAGGCUAUAGCUGUGCUGGACCAUGCGCCAGAAGACCCCGUGGAACACGACUUCACCACUUUAACCAUGAAUAUCAUUGACAAAAUUCUGUCAACUCUAGGAAACUCCAAAGACGGACUUGGUCCACAUUGGUCACCAGUAGAACGGGUUGCCCACGUGUUCCAUAUGUGGGAUCUCUGGUACAAGAUUAAAGAUACCGCAUGGGAACAGGUACAAGAGAAUAAACCCAGCGACGAGAUGUGCACGUGUCUCGCCUCCGUUGAAUUUAAUGGAAUAAAGGAUGCUGUUGCCUGGGUAGCUAACCAUUACAAAACAGGGACACCUAUCACCCUGUUGAACCGACCAAUACCGAAGCUGGUUGACGCUGACUCCUGGGGAAUCUGGAAACAGCGACUUCUCCACUAUUAUACGCCAGAAGCGCUCCGUGAUGCCGCCAUGUACCUGCAUUGUGUCUCGCAAUUCUGGUAGAACUCGUUAAAACAAAUAAAAGUGGUUUGAAAAAAAAAGUCUGUGCUUUUCAUUAAAAAAGUUCUGUAAGGAAAUUCCUUGAUUUUAAGACAUCCAAUAAAUGCGUAUCAUUCUUUAA